AUGGAAAGUGAAGCUGUUCCAGGUGCUCAAAAAUGGAAUCUCGAACAGGAAGGAUGCUUCUUUGCUGGCAGAAGAAGAGUCUGUCCCUUCAAGGGACAAAACGAGACCUAUGAAGUCGAAUACAAACGCUUCAGGAGGUGGAUCAUACAGAGCAGCAGCAGAGGGGGUCCUGUUGCAAGUACACCUGUGGCCCCUGGGCGGCAGUGUCAUCCAAAAUUUGAGCUGGACUCCAUUUGUCAGAGGCUGGAGCUCGAAUCACCACCGAGGCUCCAAGAACAUGAACAUAAGAUCCUGCAAGCCAACGUUCAAGAUGGCUCACCAGUGAAACAAUGCAGGCAGGCAGUUGCAUCACUGAACACGGCACAACAAAGCAGCAUUGUAUCCAGAAGACCUGACACAGAAAAUGCCCCAAAACAGAGUGUGAAGUGGGUGUGGAGAGCAGCAGUUCAAGGCCAUGGAAACACUCAAGUGACAGAUUUUCACAGGAAAAGAUUUGAUUUGCAACCUUUUGCUGUUCUGGAAAACACCAGCAGGAAUGUGCAGUCAUUGCUGACACUGGGGGCCCCAUCAAUGCUGAAUGACUACUACACUAAUCUUCUCGACUGCAGUUGCAAUGGCAUGGUUGCAUUAGCACUUGGCUCAUCUGUUUACCUUUGGAAUUCAGAAACUCAUUCCCUGGUUGGACAUUUGGAGCCGAGUCCAGAUCCAGGCCGACGACACUUUGAGAAUCAGGCCAUCUCAUGUCUGUGUUGGAGCAGAGAUGGUAGAGCUCUCUGCAUCGGAAACAGACUAGGCGAGAUACAGUUGUGGGAUGUUGACCACAAGCAGAACAUGAGAUAUCUGCGAUCACAAGAUUCUGUAGUAGCAGCGCUUUCCUGGAAACAGCACUUGCUCAGCAGCGGCUCUUCUCUCGGACACAUCCAUCACUUUGACCCUCGGGCUCCUGCAUCUGUGGUAGGUGCAGUCAUCCAGAAGGAGGGGGUCUGCAGCCUGCAGUGGUCACCAGGAGAUGACUUUCUAGCUAGUGGCUCCACAGAAGGCCUUCUCCAUAUCUGGGAUGGCGACAUCACAGGAAUCAAAAGGUCCCAUCAGCCAUGCAUAACAAUGGAACAGCCCAGCGCUGUGAAGGCUUUGGGAUGGUGUCCAUGGCAGAGAGAAGUAAUCGCCACAGGAGGAGGAUGGAAAGAUGGUGAACUGAGAAUCUGGGACACAAAAUCUGGGUCAUGUUUGGCCUCUGUUAACACAAAUUCACAGAUCUGUUCUCUUCGAUGGGCUGAAAAGAAAAGAUAUCUUAUCACAGCUCAUGGCAUUCCUCAUCAUCAAAUCACAUCUUGGACCUGGGAGUUUCCCUUCCUCAACCAGAUCAAUCAGCUCAAAGGUCAUUGUCAGCGAGUUCUGCACUUGGCCAUAAAUCCUGACAACACGCACAUCUUCUCUGCAGGAGCAGAUCAGCGCUUUCACAUCUGGACUCUUGGUCUGCAAUGGCUUAGCAGGAAGCCAGAUCAUCCCACAUUACUUCCUAGUUGA